AUGGCUGGUGUUGACUCAUUUGAGCAGUUGCAGAAGCAAAUGCAAAGUAUUGAUAUCUAUAGAGAUACGCCAAUCCGUUACUUAGGUUAUGCAAACGAAGUCGGAGAGGCCUUCCGGUCUAUGAUUCCAAGUGUUGCUGUCAAAGCUACCUAUGUAGUAGCGUUAGGAUAUGCUUGUGCCGAUGCAUUGGAUAAGAGUCGUAAAGUCCAUAAGCAAGAGUGGAAUAGUGCUGAAGAACGUAGAAAGCGUGUUACUAUUGCUGCUGCUGAUACGUUCUUAUGGCAAGCCUUAGCUUCAGUGGCCAUCCCUGGCUUCACCAUCAACCGAAUUUGCCAUUUCUCCAACGCACUUCUAUCGAAAGCUUCUUCUCUUCCAACGCCCAUCCGCAAAUGGGUAGUUACUGGAAUUGGACUUGGAACUAUUCCAUUUAUAGUUCAUCCAAUAGACUCCGUCGUUGAAAUUGGGAUGAAUGAGACCGUUCGGAAGUUCUAUAACACUCAACCGGAAAAGAAGGAAUAG